AUGGAUUCUUCAAAGCUUUCGUCGGAGGGCCCGUGGAAGGCCCUGGUGGUGUUCUUCAUGCAGAUUAUGCCCCUUCUGCUGGCGCCAACGAUCGCAAUCUCCUCCAGCCGGAUAGUUCGCUGGUGCAUCAACUGGCACUCUGCCAAGAGGAGCUGCGACAUGAAGUCGAAGGAGGUCAACAGGAACCUGGAGCGGUUCUUGCAGGUCAAGAGGGUGGAAACCACGUAUUCACUGGUGGACUAUAUCAGCUUCCUGUGCUUCACGCACACCAUGAUCGUGUGGCUGAAGGCUGUGCAUUUCGGCAUGGCGUCACUGCCCACCUUCGAUCUCCACAUCGUUCCUACAAGCGCAAGCUUUAUGCUGCUGGUUGCCCUGUUCCAAAGUGGCUUCGUCCCCCGCAGCACUGGGAGUGCCACUGUGCUUGCUGCCUGCUACCAUAUCCUCCUGCUCCACAACCAGUACGAAAUCAAUGUUUUAGGCGUCGUGGACCGCGACACAUUGAUGAUCAUCAUGCGACUCUUCGCAGGUUUUUUGUUCUGCGACCACAGGAAGGCAGCUUGCGUGCAAGUCUUCUUUAUGAUCAUGCAAGCCCCGGUCCCCGCUUUUCGCGGUUCCUCCGCAGAAGAGCUCAACAUGUGGUGGGACGUGGUGUUGUGGCAGAUAUUUCGCCAGUUUAUCAUCGUGGGGCCCAUGUGGCUGAUGUGGUAUAUUGUCGAGUACUUCGUAUACCAGUUCUCAGAGCUCAUUGUGUCCAAGGCCGCAGUGAAUGCAUCGCUGACUGCUGCAAGAGCUGUUCUGGCAAGCCAGUGCGAUGCGGAAGCGAUCUUGGAUGACGACCUGAUCUUUCAGAAUCCGUCCCUGAAGACGGCACACUUCCUGGGAGCCAGCCUGGAGAAGUUGCGGGACAGGUCUUUUUUGGAUUUCGUCUCUGUCACUGACAAGGAGCGAUUCCAGCAGUUCGUUUCUCUUUCGGUGAAGGCACUCCAAGAGCAAGAGCUUGUUCCGGCCGCCGCUUCCUCGCUCUCAGUGACGCUUCUGCUCCCAGGCGGCCGCCGCCGUGAGAUCCAAGUAUACCUCAGCAGUAUGCCGAACGACUUCAAAGAGGGAGGACCCUGCCACCUCCUCGCCAUGAACGAGACUCGCGAGCAGCCCGAGGAGUCUGAAGGUCAGGAAAGUCUGGACCAGGUCGAGGAGCUUCGUGACACUUCGUCGUUGAGGACCAAGGUUCUCGAAACGGACAGCGCGACACUGCCCGUCGGUUCGCGUGUGAGUUGCCCAGAGCCUUCCAGCCUCAGUCUUGACAACAAGAAGGGCAAUGAGAGCCAGACUCGGUUAAGUGCGGACUCCCUCGCCUUCCAUGCCUGGUCAUACGGUGCAGAGCCUCCGCAGCCCGCAGCGUCGCAGAACUUCAAGGGGAUCGAGGUACUCUUCGACCCGGACACUCUUGAUCUCAAAACCAUCAGCCUCCACUUCAGCCAAUCCGCCAGCCGCCACCGCGCGAAAGUCUCGUUGAAGGAGUGCAUCGUGCCAGGCGUUUGGGAUCAGUUUUCGGACUGGCUGCACACGUCCACAGUCGCAAGGUCUGGAACGCCGGCUCCCCCGAUCACACCUUUCGUUUGCCCGAAGCUGGUAUCAUCUGUCUUCGCAGCCAGGUCGGCCGAGCUCAAGCGGAUCAAGUCGAAG